CGACCGGCCGCCGUCGCGCCACCCGACGUCGAGAUCAACGAUAUCGACGCCGAGUUCGGCACGGUCGCGCCGUCGCGCUCGAGGAAGCGGCCGGUAUCGGCAACGGCUAGGUUGGAGCAGAGGACCAGGGCGGAAGGGAGGAGACGACGGCCGGCCAGGAUCCAGGCGGUACCGGUACAGGUGCCGGACGAGGAGGAGGUCAUCAAGUCGGCUCCCGCAGUCGCUCCGGUUCAGCAACAGCGGUCAGAGGAGGGAAGGAACCGUGCGACGCCUUCAAGGAGGCGUUUCAGGCCAGGUCGCAGGGUUAAGAAAAUCAAGAGGAUUAUAAAUCCCAGUGAGGACACGAAAAAGACUUUUGACAAUGUCAGCAAGGAUGAUGAAAACAGCAAUGUCGCGAAUAAGGAGUUCGUCAAAUCUGAGGUGAAACCAGACCAGCUAGCGGAAAAGGACCUGCCUAAACAGUCUCCUACCACUAAUAUCACGUCACCACAGAUUUUGAGAAGAAAGAAAAUCUUCCGCGGUGCAGGUAGAGAUAGACAGUCCGGAGGAAGGACCCGAAACAACUCCAGGAGGCAGUUCGCCAACCGGCGACGCGUGGUAACGCCCGUCCCUCCGACAACGACAGACGCCGGAGCCAUCGAGCCUACAGAUAAGCCGCUGGUGGUUUUGAGCACCAGCAGUCCGUUUGAGCCCUUCCCAUCAGAAGAGAACGAGUUGGACGACGGCAUUAGCGCUCCAAACACCCAGAAAGAGACGAGCCGCGACGCAGACACCUCAGCGUUUGCGUUUACAAAGUCCACAGCUUCCGGGCCCAGAACUGCAUCUUCAUCCGCUUCUGGCGCGAGCGAUGGUUCGCAGCCGCCUGCUGGAACAGCUUUGGACAGCAGCAGUCCAAGCGGGAGCGGCCCAUCUCCGUCCGAGAACACCGUCGAUUCCGGCACCAGUCCCGUAUCGACGUCGACGCAGGAUGUGCUGCGCCGCCGUCCGUUGGUUCGAGGCUCGGCCCGAGGCGGCAGCCGGACUGUGACGUCCUCCGGUACUCGAGGCGGGCAGCGGACGACCGGCGGAUCCACCGUCUCGAGGGGCGGGGGCCCCAGGCGCCGCACGCAGGUCAGCGGCAGCAGCAGUGCCAGCGACAGCAGCGGCGCCAGGCCGGGAACGUCCCGACGCCAGUUUGCCAGGAGGCGGCGUCCGUCAGGCUCCGUUAACGCCGUCACCAGUCGGGCACCGACCACGACAACGUCGACGACCGCCGCCACCACCACUACACGUAUCGUCGUGAUCGACGCCGGCGGCGGAGCCUCGACGGUACAGACGUUCGGCCCCGGAGGGUUCACCUUCACCAGCAGUCUGGACAGCAACGCGCAGCGCACUUUCCCUUCGCGUCUGCCCAGCUCCUUCGACUUCGGGCCACCGUCUGCCACCAUAAGGCCCAGCGUCGCCCCAGCGACCGCCUCCGGUGGCUUCCAGCCCAUCGCACCGUCCAGAAACCUGGGCUUUGGAUCGGGAAGGCCCACGCCAUCCGCUGGUACUCCUCGCCCGGUGUCCUCAACCACCUUCCCCGCGACAUUCCAGCCCACUUCCACAGCCACGCCGACAAACUCCUUCGGUAAUAGCAUUGGAAGUCAAGGAUUGAGCCGUGUCACACCACCAACGGCCACCUUCUUUGGAAGUAGCCCUGGGGUUCAAGGCUUUAGCCCCGCACCACCAACUCCUAGCACCAUUUUCACCACCCGGCAACAAGCACAAGGCGUCUCUAACUUCGGGAGCUUUGCUUUUGGCACGGACUUUGACAGCACUGGCACGGGAGGAGUAACGACUUUUAGACGGCAUACCCUCCACUAG